GCUGAAAUUGCGAAACGACCUGCCUUUUCUUCCCGUAUUAUAUUCGCCGCUACGACUGAUAACGUCCGAUACUUGUUCGAGUGACGCUCGUAACGUCUUCGUCCGUGAAUCGCGUGUAGACUUUCAGUUGAGAUUCCGACGUGAUGAGUUCAGCGUUCAAUAAAGUGACGACGUGGACACCGGAAGAGGUUGCUAACUGGAUGGAAGGGCUCAACGCUGCGAGCGUCGUGCCGCACGUCACGCAGUUCGUACAGGCUGGCAUCACCGGUGACCGGCUGUUGGGCAUAACAUUUCGCGAACUGGAACAACUCGGGGUAAACAAAGUUGGUCAUCAAGAGAUGAUUCUCGAGGCAGUCGACCUUCUCUGCUCGUUGCAAUCAUCACUACUGGAGGAUUCGUUCACAAAACUAGUGAACUCGCUGACGUCGUCUUGCCGGCAGUUAGUGCAGCUGUUGACUGACAUGUCCUACUCCCAGCUGGAUGGUCAGUCUGGAGACGAGGCAUCAGCAGCAUUAGAUCGUGAGUCACAGUUGACGUCUGCAGCCGCUGCUAUUUUGACUUCAGCAAAGAAGCUUGUCACUCAUUUGGACAGGAAUGGGGCGCCAUGCAUCAAUGAUUACAGAGGAAUGCGUCAGAUGUUGCUGCAGGGCGUCUUGUCAAUCAGCAGCAGCGACCAUCAGGGAUCUGAUGAGAAUGCCAAGCAGCUGAUUGAAACGUGCAACUCUAUGAUCCGUUUGACUGAGAAACUGCUUGGUGAUUAUGCUGCUGCUGGAAGUCCCAGUGAAAUUCCAGUUCUUCAGACUGUUGUGUUGUCGCCUCAGGGCGGGAAGGGGCUGGGAUUUUCUAUUAGAGCAACGUUUGAAGGAAUGUUGGUUAUAAGCACGAUAAUUCCUAAUAGUCCUGCUGAUCUCUCUAAUAUGAUGUUUGUUGGCGAUGAAUUGAUUGAAGUGAAUGGAAGGACAGUGGUUGGUUGGGAACUUGCUCGUGUAGUAGCUGAAUUAAAGAAGCAUCGCUUUUCUGCAGCAGUGACUCUGAAGCAUGUGACAAGUGGUAGUGAAAGCAUUUCUGUUCUUCAGAAGAAGGCAUCUACUGGUGCUAUUGAUCUCUUAUCAACUGGCUCAUCUGUUAGCAGUCUGAGUAGUGUAGGAACUCUGAAGGAGUGCAAUGAGACACGUGAUAGAGGUGAUGUUGGUCCACCAACUGAAGAUGAUCAAACUGGAAAACAAAUUAGGGGCAAUAUGCCAUGUGACAGUGAGGUUGAUAAGCAGAUAUGUGGGAAACAACUUCCACACGAUAGUGGCCAUUCAUCUGCUACUGAACAAGCUGAAGAAAGUGAGAAACAGCAAGAGAUUUUACUAUUGCCUGUAGUUGCUGAUAACAGUGAUGUGAAUAUGGGAGAACAUGAAGAUGAGACUAAUACAACAACAACUGAUGUCAUGGAACAAGUUCAAGUAGCAGAGCAGAAAGGUGAAGAGAGAAGAGACUUUAGUGAUGAAGACAGACAAAAGAAUGAAGAACAAGUAGAGGACCUAGAGUGUCGAAGGAUGGUUGAUGAGCAGUUUGACAUACAGCAGCAAGAGUUGGAAGAGUGUGUAAUAACAGUUGAUGAUGGCAUUGUUAAGCGACUGGAAAUAGAUCAACUUCAAGCUGAUGAGAAUGAAGCCGUGCUUUCUGGAGUUGUUACAGAUAACACAGAACCGUCAUCCUCAGUGAUAGAGAAGGUUUCUGACUCUUCUGUGCAGUCAAAAUCAGAACAAUUACAAUCAAUGGAGAAUAUGGACACCAAGGAAGACCAAGAAAAUGAGGAAUUGGGUUUAGCAGACAAGAAAGAUGAGAAAAAAUACGAUGAAGUUCAGUCAGAAGAUAGCAAGCCAACUCCAACUGAUAAACCUCACAAGGAGGAGGGAACAGUUCUAAUUCAUCUAGAUAAUCUAGAAGGCAGCAGCAAUGCCACCCAUAACAAACCUCAUACAGAAGGUGAUGAAGGUACAUCGCAUGGCCCCCCACCUUUACUAGAAAGACAUAACUCAUCCAGUCUCCCUGCUACUCCUAUAAUGCAUCAUGUAAAUAGGUUUGGACCUCUUCGAGAAACUCAUAGUGCACAGUCAUCUCCUGUGGCAUCUCCUGCAACAAGAAGAAGAGCAAUUCCACGGCUGCCACCACCUCCCAAAGAGCCACAUCCUGAUGACUUGAUUCUAAUGUCUGGUUUAUUAAAUCAGAAUUUAAAGCUAAAUAAAGGGGAACAGAAAUUUGAGAAGUUGGAAGGAGAUAGGGAAGUUCAGAAAUUGGAAGGAGAUAAUUGCCUUGAUAGAACAGGAAGUGCUGGAGAUGUUGACCAGAAGCUGUUUGUUGUAGGAGUGGGUGAGCAAGAUGAGAAUGUGAGAAAGACAACUGCAGAAUUGGAUGCUGAAGAUGAAAAUGCUAAAUCUGAUGAACACAUUACGACGGAGAACAAGCAACAGUCAAAGUCUAAAGAACCAGAUGAUGAAAGCAAGAAGACAGAGGACGUGCCCGUGAAGGAACAAAAACAGAGUAAAGAAGGUGGCAACACUCCUAGUGAACCAGUUAGUAGAAAAACAUCAGAGGGGAACUUGGUGGGAGGCAGCCCUUGUUCUCAGAAGAAAUCAUCAAGAGCUCAUGCAAAGAUAUCUGCUGCAAGCUCAUCAGGGAGUAUUCACAGUGAUGACGGUGGAGGAUGGGGAUAUUCAACUAAAGUGGUGGGUGGUGUCGUGACUCGCUUUCGAAUGAAGCAGACUCCCGUGGAAAAGGUCAAAGAAGCUCCUGAAAUUGUGGUUGAGGAGCCAUCAACAACUGUCAAGUCACGACGUGGUUGGAGCUUUAAAUUCAAGGGCUUCAAGAUUGGAAAGAAAAAGAAAGACAAAGCAUCACGCGAAAAUCAAGAAACAAGCAAGUGGACUGGACUUGGUGCUCAAGAUGUGAUCAGUGAAAAUUCAGAGACAUCCAGUAUUACGAGUGGUGAUGUUGGUUGUUUGGCUCUCCGAGGUAAAAGGAGCCCAAAUUCAAAAGCAAAGAAUCGAUCUCCGUCAUCGUCAAAGAAGCUCAAAGUCAAAGCUUCAAAUGAUUCCAUACCUAUCAGUGAAAACCAGGUGACAGUCAACCCUCCAGAUGCAGUGGUAGCAGCAGCAGCAGCAGCAGUUGCAGCUUCAGGUGAUCAGGAAACUGUUGAAGCCACUAAAGCAGUGACAAAGGAGACAUCUUCUGGUCAAGAUUUACCAUUUAGUCAAACAUCCCUUGGAAGGACACAGUCGGACCGUGCUGCUCCUUCACGUGGCAAACGAUCACCAGGACAAAAGCAUCAUCACCUGGACUUACAACGAUUUAGUUCAUACAAUUUGGCUCCCAGCAAUGUCAAGACAACGUACAGUGAUCUCAAUGAGGUGGUGAUGAAAGGGCACAAGGUGAAGGAAGUGACAGUGACUGGACAACAGGACGAUACUCUUUCAAGAUGGAAGCCUGGAUCACUUGACACACCAUGCAGAAGUAUUGAGAAUCCAGAGUGUGAAGGUUGGCUAGUGAAACUAGGUGGCUCUGGUGUUACUCCAAAGAACUGGCGAAGACGAUGGUUUGUUCUGAAGAACAACUGCCUCUAUUACUACAAAACAGCAUUUGAUCAGAGUGCUUUAGGUCUGAUCACAUUGCCAAGCUACUCUAUCACACUAGCACCAGAAAUGAAGCGACCUUUCUGUUUCAAAGCAUCACGAGAGAAUGCAAGGACAUACUACUUUGUUGCUGAAAACCAAGAGGAUACGAGCAAGUGGAUGGAAAAGAUGGAGGAAGCAACUGCAUUUAGGGGACCCUUAAUCUCAGAUGCUGGGACAGCCACACCUGAAAUAGAAAGAGCAUCUCUUGCUCAAUCACAAAUUUCUGGUAUGUCUGGAUCAGUGCUUGGCAGUGCUGAUGACACAUCCCGAAGCAACUCUGCUGUACAGUAAGAUGAGUUGAUGAAUUCGGAGAAUCGUGUUACUCACAAAUGAUUUCUAUAUGAGCUUACUACUACCUUUGAACAUGUAUGAAAUGAACUGACUGUUUUGUUACUUACGUGUUGAGCACAACCUUCCUGAAAGGUGGACAACUAAUAAGCUGUUUGGAGCUUGUCAUGGUUUUGUGAUAUAUACGACUGGUAAGAACUCUGUAGCUGGUGUGGCUAGAUGUUGUACCAGUCAAAAAUAAGUGAGAUCACUACACCAAAUGCUGUAACAGCUGCUGAGUAGUGUUGCCAGUGAUGAGUGAUGUCAAGGA